AUGGACAGCCGGGACAGGGAACUGCUGGAGGAGUGCAGUCUUGUAGCUGAUGCUCUUGAGAAAGUUGGGCAAAUCAAGUUUGAGUUUGUAGGAGAGACAGAGCUGUUAGAUGUCCAUAUCUUUCGGGCAGAUGACUUUCAUGGAGAGCCUUCAGAGUCUGACGAAAUGCAUCCACGGUGGUUUGAGCUGGACAAGGUACCCUACAGCCAGAUGUGGCCAGAUGAUAUAUAUUGGUAUCCCAUGAUGCUGGAAAGGAAGAAAUUUCUGGGUUACUUUAAGUUCCAGGGACAUGAUACCAUUUUGGAACACACACUGCAAGAAGUUGAAAACCUAUAAAAAUACUGUUUCCCCUUGCUGUAUUUUCGUUUUCUUUUCUCUGCGUAUUGUACAGCAGAUUACACAAUGGUUUUCAUCCCUGUUUCUGCCUUUGCAAACAUUAGUAGUUGUAUAAGAAAUAGACCACUAAAGAAUGAGAGGGUGUAAUUUGGACUUUAUUCCCUACUUUUGAUUCAUUCUAGGGUGCUGCCAGUUGAAUGUCACCAAAAGGGAUUUAUACCACACUUCUAAGUGCCUUACUGCAUUUACACUGUGGGCAUUAGUAUAAUUUAUUAUUGAAGCAUUCCAUGACUUUUCAUAUAAAUACUGUACUGGGAUGAUCUCACUGCUCUAGGACCAGUUUAGGAUUAUUCCUUUCAUUGUAUAAUGUAUGAUCUCAGCUUACAGUGAGUUACUUCCUGUUAUUGUAUGUAACAUGCAUGAGUGAAAUGUGAUCUAGAUGAAAACAUUGAAACCCAGACAUGGUAUAUACAGACUUCUGUUAAAGCAUACUUUGCAAAGAUAUUUAUGUAUAAAAGCAAAUUCCUAGUACAGCCUAUUACAUCUGCGUUGUGUACAACCCUGAUUCCAGUGUAAGUAUUGAGUCAAAGAGACUAAGGUGGCAGGUAUUGUGCUAUUAAUGGCAAUUCUUUACUUGAGAUACCUGUUUGCCUGUUUGGGUGUAAAGCUUGCCUUGUAAAAAGCAGUUGCACAGAGAAGUCUCUGUGGAUGUUUGUAGUCCCAUGCAGGCAUUGGGAUGAUUGUAUAACUGCUUUUGGCAAAAACUAACGACCCUUCCCUAAGGAAGAACAUUGUUUCUCUCUUUUUUUUUUUUUUUUUGCCGAUAAAUUGUAUGUCUUUAACUCCUCUUGCUUGAUUUUUUUUUCUGGUUAGUGACUGCCCCAUUACUCUUCCACCUCUCUAAUACUUGCAGUUUACACAACCCCACUCUCUGUUACCUGUCAUGCAUUCCAGGCACAUACUGUAUUGAUUUUAAUAUGUCCUUUCCUCUCCUAGUUAGUGAUAGCAUAUAUUGACAUCAUUGAGUCAGCCAUGACCAUGGUCUGAUGUAAGUGUUUUAAUAAAUAUGACCUCACCCUCCACCUCCAUUGUUGUUGGAGUACCCUAACCGACUUUCCAACUCCUCCAACCCAUUUCCAAAAGGGUCACUAGUAAAGUGCAUAGCUGGCCUUCCCCUGCACCACAGAAGCAGUAAAAAAAGAUUUAAUUUCUUGUUCCUUUUAACAAGAACUUGUGAAGUUUGUGUGAAAGUCAGACACCCUGAUAUCUUUCAUUCACCAGUGGAUCGGAUGUAGCUGCAUACAGCACAUUAUUAAGCAGGUUAGAUCCAUAACAGGUGUUUGUGAAUUAGAAAUAAUGUUUAAGUAUGGUUGACUCUGAAUGAUGUGAAAAAUUUAGAAGUGUAGUAAUGUUAUAAAGCUGGGAAUAUGUCCGUGUUUAGACUUUUGUUCAGGAACGGAUUAUAACACUGACUAAUGUAAAAAGAACAUGGACAGUUACACUUAACAGUUAUGCUGUUUUAGUCCUAGUUUUUAUCUUUUUCUUUAAAUUUUCAUUGCUAGAACUUCCUGAUAGCUUUGAUCAUAUUUCAAAAUCCAGUUUGAGACUGCCUCAAGCAUUUUUGUCCUUUGGAGUAAAACAUAUUCUGGCCAAGAUGUA